GACAAACACAGCAGACAGAGACGCAGAGAUGGCGGAAGAAGCUCCAGCAGCGGCCCCGGUCAAAGCCCCGGCUAAAGCCCCGAAGAAGAAGGCGGCUCCCCGUCCCAAGAAGGAGGGCCCGACCCUCCCGAAGCUCAUCAUCAGCGCCGUGGCUGAGUCCAAGGAGCGCAAGGGGAUCUCGCUGGCGGCCAUUAAGAAGGUUCUGGCGGCAAAAGGCGUCGAUGUGACCAAAGCCAACAAACGCAUCAACACCGCCGUGACUAAGCUGGUGACCGGAGGAACCCUGGGACAAACUAAAGGGACCGGGGCCUCCGGCUCCUUCAAGCUCGCCAAGAAGGAGCCCAAAGCCGCCAAACCUGUCAAGAAAGCGGCGCCGAAGAAGAAAGCUCCCGUUAAAGCCAAGAAGCCCGCAGCCGCCGCCAAGAAAGUUACAGCGGCCAAGAAACCGGCAGCUAAGAAGCCAGCGGCCAAGAAACCGGCAGCGGCAGCAGCGGCCAAGAAGUCCCCGAAGAAGAAGGCACCGGCGAAGAAAGCCGUGAAAAAGCCGCUAGCGAAGAAGAGUCCCAAGAAGACCCCCGUUAAAAAGCUCAAGGCGGCCAAGAAGCCCGCUGCCAAGAAAGCUCCGGUAAAGAAAACUGCAGCCAAGAAGACCAAGAAGUGAAGCGGCUCUUUAAUCCAGCACUCAGUGCACCAAAGGUUCUUUUAAGAACCACCACAGCUUCACUAAAGAGGCUUCCUCAUUUAUUAGUACAACUUCAACACCUUGUUACACAACAAACCCACUCUGAGCUGCAAUUAGACAACACAACUAUACUUAUACCAUAUUAUACAUCCAUGUGUUAUUAGUAUCAGAUGGUAUAAUACUCUACAUCAACUUUUAUAUUGGGAGUUAAAUGCCUAAUAAAUCUACUCUAGUGAACUAAACAGAACUGUCAUCACCAUCAAAGCUUUAUUUAUUUAAAUUUAUUUAUCAAACUGCAGUCAGGUUUUUUUUUUUUUUACAUACAGGUAAUUUCUCAAACAGGUAUUUGAUGUGUGGCAGCAAGUGACCUUUCUCUUUUAUCAAACAUUCAAACAUUUUUGUUCCAUGAUAAGACACCAAGGACAGUUUGUUAACAUCCAAUUUAGAAGGAACUCUAUGUGCACAAUUAUAAUAGCUGAUUGUUGGCUGUAUUGAGUACUUCCGUAUUAAAAUUAUAGUUUUAAUACCAUCAUUUAUUUUAAUUUGUACUAAAGUGGUUUGAUCCGUUUCACCCUGUAUGUUCAGUGGAAUUUAAAUCAGACCAGGGUUCAAUUCCCCACUGUGACACAUCAACCAAUGAGUCCCUGAGCAAAACACUUAACCCGUAAUUGUUCUAGAGGAGUGCGUCCUCUGACAUAUGUAGCAAUUGUAAGUCGCUUUGGAUAAAAAGCGCCAGCUAAAUGUACUAUGUUCCCUAUAUAUUGAUUAUACAUUUGUUUAAAUUGCGGUGUUGUUCUUAUGACUUCACACGUUAACUAAUUAAUAAACCUUCAUUUCUGGAUAAAAGUA